GAAAACAAAUCGGGAAUGUGUAUCAUAUAUGGUGUAUGGACACCAAGGAAACAUGUCCUGCGUAUGACAUGUGAUAUACAGGACAAGGUUUCGCUCCAAGGAAAAAAGGAAUAUUUGAUUCGACUUCGUAACCCAUGGGGUAAGACCGAAUGGAAAGGCAAAUGGAGCGACAGUUCACAGGAAUGGGAAAAGAUAGAUGCCGAUGAGAAGAAUAAAUUGGGUUUAUCGGAAAAGAACGAAGGAGAAUUUUGGAUGAGCAUCGGAGAUGUAAUGAAACACUUCGACCUUUUAGACCUGUGCCAUCAAGAUAAGGAAGCCUUUAUAAGCAGUCUGGAGGACAAAGGAGAUAAGGAAAAGAAAGAUUGGAAUACAGCCAGUUAUAUAGACAGUUGGAAGCGGGACAUUUCCAGCGGCGGUUCAGACAGAAAGACAGAGUCUUACUGGUCCAAUCCCCAGUUUCUGCUUGACUUGGAGGAUGAGAAGGACGAAACUCCAGUCAUCAUCUCCCUUAUGGAAAUAAUGGAGAAGAAUCGGAACCGCAUGGAUAUUUUCAUUGGAUUUGAUGUUCACCGGAUUAAGAAAAACGCCCCACAACCUCUUAGUGAUGAUAAUUUCAGCGAUGAGUCUCUGAGAUUCGAAUGUAGAGCCGAAGAAACAGAAUGGCGCGAAAAUACGAAAUAUCUUACUCUGAAGCCAGGAAAAUACGUCAUCAUACCCUUUACACAGGUGAAAGACAAAGAGUCUCGUUUUCUCUUGCGGGUUUUCUCUCAAACCAAAGUGCUUUCAAGUUCAGUUGACCAACCACCGUGCAUUUCUAAUGAUGAUUUGGAACCAGAUAAUACUUUGAAAACAUACGCAGAUGACACUGAGUGGAUGGAUGCAUUUGAACUAUAUGAGUUUAUCAAACCACUCUGGACAGAAAAUGAGAAUUUCCCUCCUCUGACACUGGAAACAGCACGCUGUUUUUUGAACUUUAUCGAUGAAGAUCGACUGGGAGUCAUCGGAACAGAAGAAGCUGAAAAGAUCAAACAACUUUUGAGCAGAUGGCAUGCGGAAUUUCAAAGCCGUGUCAAAGAUGGUUCCAACAAGGCAGAUGUCAAAGGACUGAAACGAAUGUAUUCAGUUUUAGGUGUUGAUAUUGGCCGUAAAGUAAUUGAAGCUGUUACCACGCGGUAUGCAGAUAAAGAUAACAAAAUUUCCUUUGAUGAUUUUGUACAAAGCGCUGCUAAACUUUUGAAUUCUUAUUGGAUUUACAAAGGACACGUUCAGAAGAAUCGCAAAAGCCUCGGUAUCAGGAAGUGGAUGGAAUUAAUGUUAUAUAUCUGAAGAAAUUAAUCUACAAUUUCUGCGACACGGUUCCAUGUUGUGCGAUUUUUCAUGUGUAAAAGAAGCAAUAAAGAUACUUUAUAAUA